CACAAAAUGCCUGUGAUGAGGCAACUGAGUUCAGAUGUUCUGAUGGAAAAUGCAUAAAUAUCAACUGGAAAUGUGAUGGGGAUAAAGACUGUGAUGAUAAUUCUGAUGAACAAAACUGCGGUCCUGUGACAUGUUCAUCGAAUCAAUGGCAGUGUGUUGGAACAUCUCACUGUUUGGACUUAGCUAAAGUGUGUGAUGGAAAUAAUGAUUGUGGUGAUAAUUCUGAUGAAGGACCACAUUGCCUAAACGAAAACUGCUUGAAGCUGAAAAAUUGCAGCCAAAUCUGUAAACAGACUCGAAGUGGAGCAGAGUGUUUCUGCAGACCUGGUUAUAGUCUUGAUUCUGAUGGGAUUUCAUGUAACGAUAUCAAUGAGUGUUUUAUUCUUGGAAUUUGUGAUCAUGAAUGCAUCAACACUGAGGGGUCUUACAAGUGCUCCUGCCUGGAUGGUUACGUUUAUGAACCACCACGAACCUGUCGUCCAAAAGGUGAAGAAGAGGCAUGGUUAUUGUUAGCGAACAGGAAAAACAUUCGCCAAGUUAGUUUGAAUGGAAGAAAUUACGGUGACGUUUUCUCAAACUCAAGCCGAACAGUGGCCAUUGAUUUUGACGUCGAGGAUGGAAAACUUUACUGGUCAGAUGUAAAAGAUAAUGCUAUUUACAGGGCAAAUAUUGUGUUUCAUCGAGAUGGUGGACGCCUUGGAGAGGUAGAAGCUGUGGCAAAAGAUGGGUUAGCUGUGUCAGAUGGGAUUGCUGUGGAUUGGGUGGCAAAGAAUUUGUACUUUGUCGAUAGCUCUGCUAAAAGGAUCUUUGUCUGUAGAUUGAACGGGAGUUUCCUGUUAUCGCUUAUAACUACUGAUCUUGCAAGCCCAAGAGGCAUUGCGGUUGACCCUAGGGAUGGCUACCUGUUCUGGACUGACUGGGGAAAACACGUGAUAGAGCGGGCUGGAAUGGAUGGAACAAAUCGCAAGACUAUUGCCAACACAGCUGUUUAUUGGCCCAAUGCGCUGACCUUGGAUUACCCCACGCGUCAAAUUUACUGGGGAGACGCACACCUCGACUAUAUUGGAGCCAUGAGUUAUGACGGUAAAAACAGGAGAAGGGUUCUUGGCUAUCCAAGAGUUGUGCAUCCAUUUGCCAUCACCGUGUUUCGAAAUGACUUGUACUUCUCAGACUGGACAAGGCAUGCAGUUGUGAAAGUGGAGAAGUUCUUUGGUAAUCAUAGUACAGUUCUCUUGGCAAACCUUGGGCAGCCAAUGGAUGUUCAUGUGUAUCACAGCGCCAGGCAGCCAGCUGCUGCAAAUCCGUGUGAAAAUAGAAAGUGCAAUUGCGAACACCUUUGUCUCAUAUCCCCAGUUCCACACAGAGAUUGUAUAUGCAAGUGUAAAACAGGAUAUCAGUUAACGGAUGAUGGAAAAUCGUGCAAGAAGAUGGAGACCUUCCUGAUCUUCGCCCGUAAUACAGAAAUUGCUGGUAUACCCAAAGAGGUGAAUUCAUCUGGCGAUGCAAUUCUUCCUCUGUCUGGGCUCGGAAAUGCUGUAGGUAUUGACUAUGAUGUCAAAGAGCAAAUGAUAUACUUCUCAGACAAUGAACGGGACAACAUCAGCAGAGUUGGUCGUUUUGACAGAAAGGUGGAAGUUUUGGUCAAAUCGGUGAGAUCUGUGAAUGGUAUUGCAGUGGAUUGGCUUGGUCGAAACUUGUAUUGGACAGACGCAGACAAACGUGAGGUGGCAGUAGCGAAAUUAGAUGGAUCUUUUAAGAAAGUGUUAUUUCAUGAAGAUGUGGCAAGACCUUCAGCUAUCGUGGUAAAUCCUGUGGACGGGCGAAUGUAUUGGAGUGCUUGGAUUACUCCAGCCAGAAUAGAAGCUGCCAACAUGGACGGCACAGGACGUCAAAUCUUUGUACAAGGAGGGGGUUUGGCCCGGCCAAAUGGCCUCAGCAUCGACUACGCCUCAAGGAAACUCUACUGGUCAGAUGAAAUGACCUCCGCCAUUGAAAGCGUGAAUCUGGAUGGCUCUGAUCGUAAGAUGAUACUUCUGACCACAGGUCACCCGUUUGGUCUUGACGUUCACAAUGGAUUCGUCUACUGGACUGAUUGGACCAGGCACGAACUACUAAGAGCAAAGAUCACUGAUCCAUCUUCUGAGGUGGUACUAAGAUCAGGCUUGGAGGGUGUGAUGGAAAUUAGAGUUUAUGACUCCAAGAGACAAACAGGCAGUAGACCCUGUAGCAAUGGCUCUUCUGGUUGUAGCCACUUAUGUCUGUUGCGUCCAGGAGGUUACACGUGUGCCUGUCCUUAUGGUAUGCAGUUGGAGUAUGGCAGUAACAAGACAUGUAUUGUCAAUGAAUCUGUCAGCCCUACACCUCACUGUCCAGCAAAUCAAUUUGCAUGUCACGAUGGGGCCUGUAUUCCCAAAAACUGGAAAUGCGAUGGAGAAUUUGACUGUCUGGAUCACUCAGAUGAGUCGCAAUUUGCAGAUUGUCCUGGUGUAUCUUGCAAGGAAAACCAAUUCCGCUGCUUGAAAAGCGGUAAAUGCAUCCCUGAAAACUGGUAUUGCGAUGGUGACAACGACUGUGGAACCGGAGAUCGCUCGGACGAGUCUAACUGUUCACUGUCCGCCUGCACCGCGGUGCAAUUCCGCUGUAGCGAUGGUAAAUGCGUUCCUAUCAGUUGGAGAUGUGAUGGGUUUGAUGAUUGUGUUGAUGGUUCGGACGAACUGAAAUGUGAGAACCAAAGUUGUCAGGAGCAGGACUUUUCCUGCCCGUCUGGAGAAUGUUUGCCCUCCGAUUGGCGAUGCGACGGUGACGACGACUGCGGUGAUAACGCGGAUGAACAGAGUUGCCCUCCUCGGCAGUGCACGCAGGAUGAAUUUCGUUGCUUGAAUGGCCAGUGCGUCACUGGAAGCUGGCGAUGCGACGGAGCUGAAGAUUGCCAAGAUGGAACUGAUGAGGCAGGAUGCCCCUCCGUGGAACCCAACGGCUGUGGUGUAGACAAGUUCUUGUGCAAUAACUCCCAAUGCAUCCCAAAGCGAUAUGUGUGUGAUGAUGACGAUGAUUGUGGAGACGAGUCAGAUGAACUCUCAAACUGCUCAUUAUCAACUUGUGCUCCGGACGAGUUGACCUGCGACAAUCAGCGAUGUGUUACGAGGGACUGGGUCUGUGAUGGGGACAACGAUUGUGGUGAUAUGACUGAUGAGCGUAACUGCUCUGUGACUCAAAUCACGUGCAGCCCUUUUCAGAGGCAAUGUUUCAAUUCGUCCGUGUGUUUGGAAGAGAACAAGUUUUGUGAUGGGCGAGUAGACUGUCCCGAUGGUAGCGACGAGGGAGUAGGGUGUGUGCUUACUGGUUGUCAUGAAGAAAAUGGAGGCUGUUCCCAAGUCUGCAAACAUCUCCCAGAAGGUCACGAGGGAUAUUCCUUAGACGAUGAUGGUGUCACGUGUCUUGAUGUUGACGAGUGCGACAACCCCAGCACAUGUAGCCAGCGGUGUGUCAAUAACAAAGGAUCAUUCUGGUGUAAAUGUUUUGAAGGCUACAAACUAGAGAUUGAUUUGAAACGAUGCAAAGCUAACGAUAACAUCACACCAUACCUUUAUUUCUCAACCCGGCGUCAGGUGAUGAAGGUCGACGUUCGCCAUGGAUCCAACCACCUCACAGUGCUAGAUGGUCUGUCGAGCGCAAUUGGUAUAGACUUUGACUGGUCUGAACAGCGUUUGUACUUUUCAGAUGUCACUAAAGAUAAAAUCAUACGAUGCUAUCUGAAUGGCAGUGAAUGUGAAGAUGUGAUCACAACAGGACUGUCGAUGACGGAAGGGCUUGCGGUGGACUGGAUUGGACGCCAUUUGUACUGGACUGACAUGCACACCCAUCAAAUCGAAGUCUCUGAUUUGGAAGGCGAAUGGCGUAUGGCGUUGAUUUCUGAUGACCUCAAAUCCCCUCGUGGAAUUGCAGUUGAUCCGAGAGACGGGCUUCUUUUCUGGUCUGACUGGGGUGCUACGAAGUCCAGGAUCGAGAGGGCCAACAUGGAUGGCAGUUCUCGACAAGUACUCAUUAAUACAUCCAUUGAGUGGCCAAAUGGCAUCACACUAGACGUUGCCAACAGGCGACUCUACUGGAUCGAUGCAAGGCUGGAUUACAUUGCCUUCUGUAACUACAACGGUUCUCAACGUUACACAGUGCUUCGAGAUGCAGGAAAGAUUCGCCAUCCGUUCUCCAUUACCUUGUUUGAGGACACGUUAUACUGGUCUGACUGGAGUGAUAGACAGGUUAAGCAGACAAAAAAGUUCCAUGAGGGUAACGUUACGUUAGUUUACACUGCUGGGUUUCGACCUAUGGACUUGCACGUAGUCCAUCCUCUUCAACAACCACAAGGUGUAAAUUAUUGUUUGAACAGCACUUGUUCUCACCUGUGUCUGCUGAAACCGUCAGGAUACAGUUGUCAUUGUCCUGUGGGUAGGGUACUACAGGACGACAAUGUCACAUGCCUUGAGGAAGCGUUCCUGUUGUAUGCCAAGAAGAACAGAAUCAGUGGAAUAUCCUUGAACCCAAGUAUCACCAAGGAUCAGAUGUUACCUGUGAGACAGUUAAGGACGGCUGUCGGAGUUGAUUUCAGCGUAGAAGAGCAGUAUGUGUUCUGGAGCGACAUCUCUACAGAUUCUAUCUCCAGGGUGUUUGUGAAUGGCUCAGGCCGGGAAACAAUUAUCGAUGUCUGCUCUUCUGGACCGACUGGGACAAAAAUGACCCCAGGAUAGAGCGUGCUCUCAUGGAUGGCUCAAACAGAACCUCUUUGAAGAGUUCUGGUCUCAAAUACCCUAAUGGAUUAGCUAUAGAUUUUAGCUCCAAUCGAUUAUAUUGGUGUGAUGCUGGACAAGACAACAUUGGGUCCAUGUCGUUCGAUGGAGCAUUAAUCAAAGUACACUAUGCGAACUUACCGCAUCCAUUUGGAUUAGUUAUUUACAAGGAUAAGAUUUUCUGGACCGACUGGCAGACAGAAAGCAUCUAUCGAGGUUCUAAGAGUAGGAGACGAAAGACUGUGUUGAAGAAGGAUACGGAGAAUCUGUAUGGUGUGCGCGUAUUCGCCAAAGAAAACCAACCAGGUACAAGUGGUUGUUCUGUGAGCAAUGGUAAUUGUACCCAGCUGUGUCUACCGAUGGGAUUGAUGGAAGUUUCUUGCGCAUGCGCAGUGGGAUAUGCGUUAGCCACUGAUGGAAAAACCUGCGAGAGUGUGAACACCUUCUUAAUUUACGCAACAUUAACAGAGAUCCAAGGUGCUCCUCUGGACCCAAAGAGUGAAACAGAAGUCAUGCAGCCGCUAGGAGUCGUGCGGAACUGCUUCGCGAUAGACUUUCAUGCCAACUCCAGUAUGAUUUUUUAUGCGGACGAUCGCACGAAUACAAUUGGUCAAAUAUCGCGUGUUGGGACAUUAAAAAAAGACAUUAUUAACACCGGGAUUCGAAGACCACAAGGCCUUGCGGUUGACUGGGUCGCUGGAAACAUGUUUUGGACAGAUUCUAGCUCCAACGUCAUCGAGGUCAGCAGACUGGAUGGUACAUACAGAACAGUGGUUAUCUCUUCUGACUACACCAAUAGACCUAAGGCGAUUGCCGUGUACCCAGCCAAGGGGCUGCUAUUCUGGACAGACUAUGACUUGAACACACACCGUCCGAGGAUACACAGGUCCGCAAUGGACGGUUCGGAUCAUCAGAUUUAUCCAUUACACGCGGGUGAAGAAGGUGCGGGAAUUUCCAUAGACUACGAGGAAGAUAAGGUGUACUACGUGCAGGAUUCCCUCGACGCUAUGUGGCGAAUGGAUCUUGAUGGUGGUAAUGUUGUUUCUGUCAUUGGCUCUGCCAUGGAUCAGCCAUAUGCCAUAACCGUACAUCACCAGUUUGUAUACUGGACGACCUGGAAGCGUAAGUCGAUCCUAAGAGCAAAUAAGUAUAAUGGAACAGACGUUACGGUCAUAAGAUCGCAGGUGGAUGGUUUGAGAGACGUGCGCGUGUUCUCACCUCAGCGGCAGCCACCUGGAGGCCCAUGCGCAAAUAAUGGUGGCUGUGCAGAGCUGUGCUUAGCCGUGUCUUCGUCCCGGAGAAGAUGUGUAUGUGUGUCAGGCCGUACGGCACCCGAUGGCAAAUCCUGCUUAAAUGACACAAGCCUCCUUAUUAUUACUUCGAAAAGGAGAUUUAAGUUCAGAGCUUCUAGUCGUCUGAGCAGGCCGCCAAGUUACCCCACAAUAUGGAGAAGACGAAUCAAUAUCGUCGCUUUCGACUAUGACUACGAUUCAAAGCUUAUUUACUUUGCUGAUGCCGACGGGAACGAUAUCAAAAAGGUGUUUCUGAAUGGCACUGGUAUGAAGGUUAUUUUAAAGGACGUUAUCACAAAGGCUCUUACAUUUGACUGGAUUACUAGAGUACUUUAUUGGACAGAGGACACUACGAAACGUAUCGUAAAAAUGCAUGUUAAUUCCUCAAAUCGACAGAUCGUUGUUACCAACGCUGGUGUGUCAUCAUAUCCGUUAAUAGUCCUGCCCUGUAAAAGGCUCCUUGUGUGGAGUGCGCAUUCAGAAAUAAAAACUGCGAGCACGGAUGGUAGCAAUGUACAAACUCUUGUCAACUCUACCACGAAACCAAGAUAUUCAAUGACAUUUGAUUAUUCACAAGAAAGACUCUACUGGGUUGACAUGUACUCUGUAGUGAACAGUGUGUUUUUGAACGGAACGAGUCGUCGUCGGGAAUUUUCACUAUCUCCAAACGCCUUGUUCUUGGGUAUCCUAAGAGAAUUCUUGUAUUGGGUUGACGAAAUGAAAUCUGUGAAGCGCGCAGACAAAUACACCGCCGGAGAGCCUUCUGUUAUAGCAGAUUUGAAUUUUUCACCGACGGGGAUGCUAUUGUUCGCUGAAGAGCGGCAGAAUUGCACUGUCAACCCGUGUUUAAAUGGUGGAGGCUGCUCGCAUUUCUGCACCGUUCAAGAUAGACUUCGUGUUUGUACUUGCCCUGAAGGACUUAUACUGAAAGAAGGGUUCCAGUGUGUUAACAGUUCAGUCUUUUGUAGAGGGAGACAGUUUGCUUGUUCAAACGGGAAGUGUUUGCUUGACUCAAUGGUCUGCAACAAGAAAGACGACUGUGGUGAUGGCUCCGAUGAGCUUUCUGCAUUGUGCGUUCAGAGACAGUGCAGAUCAAACGAAUUCAGGUGCGAAAGUGGACAGUGUGUUCUUUCGACUUGGAAAUGCGAUUUUGACCGGGAUUGUACAGACGGCAGCGACGAGAAAAACUGCCCCAAAAAGGAGUGCGCCACGCACAGGUUCACAUGUGCAAAUGGGCACUGCAUAAACUUUGAUUGGAAAUGUGACGGUGACAACGAUUGUGGAGAUUUCUCGGAUGAAACCGACUGCCCUCCUGUUACAUGUCCACCGGGAAAGGCCAAAUGUGGCAACACCGAUGUGUGUAUAGACUCGUCUUGGCUGUGUGACAAGGACUACGAUUGUGAGAAUCACUGGGAUGAGAGUGAAGAGGUCUGUAACAACAAAACCUGUGGGGCGAGCAGUUUUCGUUGCACGUCUGGUCACUGUAUCUCCAAACGGUGGCAAUGCGAUGGAGAGGAUGACUGCGGUGAUGGAAGCGAUGAAGGACUCUGUGAAAAGAACAACCAGACUUGUCUUAGUCAGCAGUUUACAUGCCGUAAUGGCCGUUGUAUCACCAUGAAGUUUGUGUGCGAUGGAGACGAUGACUGUGAAGACGGCUCGGAUGAAUCUGCUGACGACUUGCACUGUAAUGACCGCACUUGUGACCCGACCGAGUUCAAGUGUGAGAACACUUCAAGAUGUGUGAUGAUGUCGUACGUUUGUGAUGGCGACAACGACUGCGGCGAUGCGUCUGAUGAACAUCCUAGAGAAGGCUGCGCGCUAAGGACAUGUAAGCCAACUCAGUUCAGAUGUAAAAACGGUCUUUGUGUGCAGAAAGCCUGGUUAUGCGAUGGCGAGAAUGACUGUGGCGACAAUUCAGACGAAGAAAACUGCCAAAAUCAUACAUGCAAUGAGAAACAGUUCACUUGUAAGAAUGGAUAUUGCGUCUCUAGUAGUUACAUUUGUGAUGGGGAUCGUGACUGCUCGGAUGGCUCUGACGAAGACCCGAAGCUCUGCCGAACGACCGGGGCACCUUCGUGUCCCGCUGGAUCGUUUAACUGCGGUGGAGGUACCUGUAUUUUGAGGGAUAAAGUCUGCGAUGGUCACGAGGAUUGCAAGAAUGGAGCAGACGAAUGGAGGUGUAAAAUAGGCGCGUGUCGUCGGCCGGAGCUGAACCGAUGCUCGCAGAUCUGUAACGGUACAUCCACUGGGUACACUUGUGAUUGCAGACCUGGUUUCAAGCUUCAAUCAGAUGGCUCAUCUUGCGAAGAUAUCAAUGAGUGUAACAAAUACGAACUAAACCAGUGUAAUCACUACUGCAUUAAUCUUAAAGGCCACUACAAGUGUGCUUGCGCCCGUGGGUACUCACUGCACGGUUUAAGAACAUGUAAACGCGACGAUAUCGCGCUUAAACCCUACCUGGCGUUUUUACUGCGUCAUGAGAUUCGCAAACUUGCCGUCGAUGGUUCUUGGGAAGGCGAAAUUUUACGCAAAGUUCAAAACGCAGUCGCGGUCGAUUUUGAUUGGUUGGAACAGCGUAUUUAUUGGACGGAAGGUCGCGCUCCGCCGCGUCUCAAACGUGCGUUUUUUAACGGCACCAGUGCAGAAGUUGUCCUAGCUGCUGGGUUGUCUAACGUGGAAGGAUUAGCCGUGGACUGGGUAGGGAGAAAUGUGUACCUCGCGGAUCGAAUCCAGGACAAGAUAUUCGUGGCAACUCUGGAGGGACGUAACAUGAAAACACUCGUAUCACAGGGGCUGCAGGAGCCCAGAGGAGUCGUGGUUGAUCCAAGUGAUGGCCACUUGUUUUACAGCGACUGGGGAAACAAACCGCAUAUCGGAAAAUGUGGAAUGGAUGGCUCUGGCUGUCGAUGGCUCGUCACCAGUAAAUCCAUCGGUUGGCCCAACGGAUUGACCCUCUGUCACAUUACUAAAAGAUUAUUCUGGGUAGAUGCCAAGUUGGACGUGGUCGAGUCUUGCGAUCGAGACGGUGGAAAUCGUGCACAGCUGUCUCAUUUGUACGCCCCGCAUCCGUUCUCUAUUAGUGUGUUUGAGGACUUUGUGUACUGGACUGAUUGGAUGACGAUGGCCAUUCAUCGUGCUCAUAGGCUGACGGGAUUGCAGCAUACUGUUCUGUUGAAUUCAACUCACAGGCUCAUGGGUUUACAAGUAGUUCAUCCCAUACGUCAGCCUCCUCUUCCCAAUCCUUGUGUGAACGCCUCUUGCUCUGGCCUGUGUCUGUUGAAGCCAGGAGGGAGCUACAGCUGUGUGUGUCCGGAUAACUAUCAUUUGGCCAAUGAUGGUAAAACUUGUUUGGACAACUGCACCAACAGUGACUUCGUUUGUGCAAACAACAUGUGCAUUCCACGCUUAUGGCGGUGUGAUGGAGAUGAUGAUUGUGGUGAUGGCUCUGAUGAGCCCCCUUCCUGCCCACCGAGACAUUGUUCACCAGGGAUGUUUCAAUGUGAUAACUCGACGUGCGUUUCGGUCAUUGCCAUCUGCGACGGUCACAAAGAUUGCCGGAACGGUGCUGAUGAAGAGUCAUGCGCAGUACGACAGUGCUUCCCUUUCCAAUUUAGAUGUGCAAACAACAAAUGCGUAUUCUUAACACAAGUGUGUGACAACCGUAAUGACUGCGGUGAUCAUUCCGACGAGGCGCACUGCAAAUCGACCACUUGCUCUGGCGACCGCUACACCUGUCCCGGCGGUCGCUGUAUUAGCCGCCAGUGGCUCUGUGAUGGCGAUAAUGAUUGUGGAGACGAAAGUGAUGAGUCUCAAGAGAUUUGCCACAAUCAUACCUGUGACCCUCUGUCACGCUUCCAGUGUAACAACUCACGCAAAUGUAUCCCAAAGCUGUGGACUUGUGAUGGGGAUGCCGAUUGCAGCGAUGGUUCAGACGAAUCCAUAGAUGUUUGUGAAGGACACCUGUGCGAGGCUGGCUCGUUCCAGUGCCGCAAUAAACACUGUAUUCCCUAUGAUUGGAGAUGUGAUGGUGAAAAUGACUGCAACGACGGAGCUGAUGAAGACAAAUGUCCCACGCGUACUUGUUCAAACACUGAGUUCAGGUGUAACUCCGGGCGUUGUAUCAACAUUGAAUGGGUCUGUGAUGGCGAGGAUGACUGUAGCGAUGCGUCAGACGAGCGUGACUGUUAUCGAAGAUCGUGCAGAGGCGACCAAGUGCCCUGUAGCAAUGGUGAUUGUAUAAUGAAAGAUUGGAAGUGUGAUGGUCAGAGAGACUGCGAUGAUGCAUCAGAUGAACAGGGUUGCCCAGCACGUUACCCAGGUGGUCGACAUUGCCCUGCGCAGACGUUUACUUGUGGUAAUUUGGUAUGCGUGCACAAGACGUGGGUUUGUGAUGGUGACGACGAUUGUGGAGAUAGAAGUGACGAGGCAGAACAGCUCUGUCGUGCUCACAGCUGCCUGCACACGCAGUUUCGCUGCGAAAACAACGUCUGCAUUCCCAAAUGGCAAGUCUGUGACGGUGUGACUCAUUGUCGUGACGGGUCUGAUGAACGGUCGUGCUCUGCAGUCGCGAUUGGUUGUAACGCCACCCAGUUCAAAUGCGCUAACCGGAAGUGUAUUCCUAAUGGGUUUGUUUGUGAUAGUAAAGAUGACUGCGGUGAUGCGUCGGAUGAGAAAUAUUGUGGUGGAAGACACAAAUCUUGUGGGGACACCAACGGUGGCUGCGAGCAGAAUUGUACCUUGCUUGACGGAGGGGUGGUGUGUUUCUGCUGGCAUGGUUUUGAACUGUCCGUGGACUCACGGAAGUGUGUGGACAUUGACGAGUGUCAGACAUUCGGUGCGUGCAGCCAGCAGUGUAUGAACACGCGAGGAAGCUACAAGUGUCAGUGUAAUCAGGGCUACGUCAGUGAUGGUGUGGACGGAAAAGAAUGCAAGGCUACAGGGAAACCUCCAUCUCUUCUUUUCCCAUCUGGUGGAGAUAUCCGGCACAUGGGGCUGGACGACAAUAACAGGGGUCCUUACGGAACAAUAGCUUUCAGCCAGGGUUCCGUAGGGGCUAUAGCUGUGUGGUGGAAGGAACAGCUGGUAUAUUGGACCGACUUGAGAAAAGGCACCAUCAAACGGGCUAAAGUACCAGGCGGGGAAGAAUUAAAUCGUCGUACGGCCCGCGCUGUCCCUCGAAAAACAAAGCAGGAAAUACAGGAUCUUUACGUUCCAGUGGGAAGAGCGGAAGGUUUAGCCGUGGACUGGUUAAGUGGGAAUAUCUAUUGGACUGACGCAAAAAAACGCGUCAUUGAAGUGGCAUCAAAGGAUGGUUACUAUAGAUACACUUUGUUCUCAGGACGUAUGAACAUGCCACACGCCCUUGUUCUUGAUCCGCCUGCCGGGCGGAUGUAUUGGUCCGAAUUGGGUUACCAGCCGGCCAUUUACACAGCGCUCAUGGAAGGAGGGAAUCGCACAAUUCUUGUACGGGACAAAAUCCAGUGGCCAGUCGGAUUGGCCCUUGACGUUCCAGCGAAACGACUCUACUUGUGUGACUCUAAAACAAGACGUGUUGAAUCUGUUAGCGUAGACGGACUUGACAGGAAACUUGUAAGAGAGUUUCCAAGCAAUGAUAUACCCGUGACGAUUGCGUUGCACGAGAAUUUUGUGUACGUCACAGUGCAAGCUGGUAAACUGUACAAGUUGAACAAGUUUGGCCAAGGUCAGCUGACGGUUUUGGUGCAUGGACUCAAGCGUCCAGUUGGGUUGGUUGUGUUGCAGCAACAGCAACAACAUGUACCAAGAGACUUUGUCAACAACUGUGCUGUCGGAAAGAACAAGUGCUCUCACCUUUGCCUGUCCAGUCGUCAGAAGCCUGUGUGUGUGUGCCCCACAGGAGACCCAGGAAAAUCUGGUGACUGUCAGACAGGAAUUAAACCGCCCCGUCCUCCCCCAGUGUGUUGGCUUGGACUGUGUGGAAAAGGAACUUGUGUUAAUGUGAGGAAUAAUGCCUCUUGUCGUUGUCCAAAAGGUUGGACUGGAACACGCUGUGAGAUAAGCUUCACACCCACCCCACAGUUAUGUACAUUGAAGUGUCUGAAUGGAGGGAUUUGUGUCAUUGAAGAAGGAAAACCGAAAUGCAAUUGCCUACCACGAACAAUGGGUGUAUUAUGUGAGGUCACGUGUGCUCUGUUUAGCUGUAGUCACGGAGGAACAUGCAUUGUAGGAGAUGGGCAUUUUGCUUGCAGAUGUCGAAAAGGAUAUCGUUACGUCGGAAACAAAAUUUGUGCUUUAGACCCAUGUUUUGAAGAUAAUCGUCGCAGAGAAUUAUGCGGUGAUCUAGAGUGUGUUGUCAAGAAUGAUACCAACGAAGCAUUGUGCCGAUGUGCCAAUGGAAGCUUGGCGAAGUCUUGCGGGAAACCGCAAGUACUGGGGAGAGUUGACCACGGCGCACCAGCACAGAUAAUUGUCCCGGUAGUGAUGGCCUGUUUGGUGCUCAUUGCUUUCCUUAUUGUUUUCCUCCGCCUUCGCCGUGGCGCCGCAAAGAAGACUGAAUACAGCGGCAUGGCAGUUCAAGUCGGGAAUCCAUCAUUCCUGUACGAAGAGAUGCUUGAUUAUGAGGAGAGUAACCCAAAUCCCGAUGUUGACGACGGAUCAGAAAAAGGUACAACCUUUUCCAAUCCUGUUUAUGAAUCUGUUUACCGCUCCGAGACGAGUUUGGGUUCUGAGGUGUUCCGCGAGAAUAAUCUGCCCAAAGUGGAAUUUCGUAAGGGCAAAGUGGACUUUUCAAAUCCGGUGUACGAAGCCUUGUUAGCGCACAAUACGUCGCGAAAGCCUGGGUCGGUAUUCUGGGGAAGUGCUGAGAAUGUAAACGGAGAGGCCUCGGGUGACCAAGUCGAGACAGACUGUCUAUGAAAUUACAAACAAGCCACGUGUUCUUGACAGGACCACGCUCACGAAUUUGAGAAGAACAUGAAAAUGCAAGCCAAGGGAAAAGAAAGAAAUAAAGUGUCAAAACAGGAACAAGAAGUCAAUCUUUCCCAAAGAAUUGUUUGCGUUUUGGUGCUUUCAGCGUUUGUUGUUGAGUUUGGAGAAAAGUUUGCAUUGCCCUUAUAUCAUAAAAAUGGCGAGUUAUUUGCUGCGCAUCUUCAAUGUAUUAAUUCGAAAUUGGUCAAAAUCACGUUAUUUAAGUUGGCAAUUUAUAGGAACUUGUUGAACGUAAAUGAAACGUUCUGCUUGCGAGUACUGCUGGGAUUGCUUUGAUUUACUCUUAUAUGUAACGCAAACGAACUUAGUUGGUGUCAGUCUCCUUGAAAUUUUAUUUUUCUGGGAUAACAAAACAUCGUAAUGAAUUUCUAGAAUUUUAGAACGAAUUACAUUUGACUACAGAAUAUCUCAAGUUUUAAACUCCUAGUAUGUGUUAUCUUAAAUGGUUUUUGACUGUAAAGUUUGGUAAAACGCUAUAAUUUUUAAAUCUAAAUUGUCACCGUAAUUUUAAUGAUUAUAUGGCGCAAUUAAUAUCUACUGCUUUUGCUAAUUUUUUUUGCUGAUUUAUUGCACUCUCUCCAUAAGCCAGCUUUUUAUGAUUUAGUUCACAAAGUUGAUAGCCCUGACCAAGUGGUUGAGGGAAGAUACGAAAGUAAAAAAUAAGUUAUUACAAAAAGUGUCUUGGUAUCAAAUUCUUGAAAUUGAAUUUGUACUCCCAAGAGAUGUCUUUGCUCGUUAUGCAAAGAGAAAUUAGCAUUUGUUAUCAAGUUUAACCACAAUUAUUAAGUUAUAAUAAUACAUCAUGAUAUAUUUAAAAUUGGUGUAAUAUUCUCUCACAGCUUUCAAGCAGAGAAUUAUAAAACAUAAUCUGUAUUUAUUGUGCUUGUCUUUAAAAGUUUGAAUGUUUUAAGUUAUGAAAUAUGCUACAGGUAUAUAUUUUUGUAGUUGUAGAACGGUUUGAAAACACCACAUACAUGUAGCUGUUUAUUUAUAAGGUGUAAUAUUUCAUGUUUAAUGUGAUCCAGAUCACUGUGGAGGUAACUCAUCAAGGCAGUGUGAUAUUAAAACAAUGUUAGUUAACCUCAACAGCUGAUAUUAAAACAAUGUUGGCUAACCUCAUUA